AAUUUUGUUUGUUUUGCCAAUAAAACAAUUUAUUGGAAAUUUUAAAACUUUGAUUUGCGAAACACUCACCGUCGACGAUGACUAAACGUGGGUGAAAUUGUGUUCCUGAGGAAUUACUGCUCCAAUACAACAACAAUCCGCCAACUAUAAAUCGCUCUGAACGGUGAAAAUUUGAAGGUUUGUUGCAGCAACGAUUAACACGUCCGUCUGUUAUGCAGAGCGUACUGUAAAUUAAUUGUGAGCCAUAUAAAACAUCAGUGAUACCAUCAAAAUAAGUUCAGUAACAAACAAUUCAGCAGCUGGUAGGAGUUUCCUACAAUCUCCUCAUCCAAACCUCCAGUUAAAACAACAACAACAAACAUGAAGAUACACAUCAACAAGAUUGCUGUUGUAUUGUUGUUAUGUUGUGUGCUGCUAAUGAUGACAAUCACCUGUUCGGCUGGAGUAUAUUUCGGACCAACACUUAACGAUGUUCCAGUUCACACGGUCAAAGUAAUUCAUCAACACCCGUCGUCAUUCGGUCCAACAAUCAAAACGCUACGAAUCUUCAAACUAUCCAAUGACAAUAUUCGUGUGGAUUAUGGCCAGAGUCGGGGACCGCACCACUCCACCUCCAACACCGUCACCGAUACUUAUAGAGUAAUUCAUCAGCAACAGCAGCAGCCGCAGUCGCCAUUUAAUCAAUUUGAAGUACUGCAACAACAACAACAAUUGGAAGAGAGCCAACCGCCUGCUACCAUAAACGUGAUACGCGAACAUCGCUCGGAACGCAUAAAAACACAGCAAACUAUUCGUGUUGGCGCUGGAGUCACGGAUGGAGGCUAUCCUAGUUUUGGUGAUGCAUUCGAAACCUUCAAAUCGCUAAAAGCCUACGGAGCUUUUGAUGGUCCAUACAGCGCUUUGGACAGCUAUGGCAAACCAAUUGCCAAGAGUUGGCAGGAAUGUUGAGUAGUUUGUAAUUUUUUUUAGGCUAAACAAAAACUUAGUUUAAAUUAUUGUUAACCUUUUUUAAA